AUGCCGACCAAACUUUCCGCUUUGCACCCCAUUUUCAGACCCAUCUUUUCAGGCGUGUUGCCUCAUAGGCUGAAGAACCCAUUUUUGGGGCUCCCAAGGUUGCAGCAUCGAGUGCUUUUAGUCCGAGGACAGGCUCCCAGUUUGGUCCCAUUCGUCGCUAGCAGUUAUUCAACCCGAUCGGGCCGCGAAAGAAUGGGUUCGGGCUUCAAGCAGAAUGCGAGUGCAGGGUCCUCCAAGAGUUUGAUCGAUGACGAGGCCGACCUGAGUGACUGGGUAAGUGGGUUGAAUUCGAGCUCCAUUAUGAAAACAAAAGUCUAUAGUGAUAGCGACGAUGAGGAGAGUGAGAAGAGUGGGGUUAGAGACGGGACCGUGAAGAGAAGAAGGGAUGGUGCAUUUGGCAGGGAUUCGGAUUUUUCGGGCGGACGUCGGGGUGGAAACUUUAGGUCAAGCGAGCCAUUUUCAAGGAGGAGAAAUGAAAAUAAUGGCUCUAAUGGUGGUUCGUUUGGUGGGAGGGGCAGGGACAGGGGCAGGGAUUCGGGUGAUUUCAGGAGGAAAGAAAGCAGUGGUUCUGGUGGUGGUCUGUUUGGUGGGAGGGGCAAGGGACGUGAUUCAGGCGAAUUCAGAAGAAAUGAGAGAUUCAAGGAGAAGAGAGAGAGUGGUGGCGAUUUUGUGAACAGGGGAAAUGAGCGGUGGAGAGAGAAAGGGAAGAAUGAGAGAACAUUUGAUGUUGGAUAUAAAAGAGGUGAUGAUAAAAGCGGUUUUGGGGUCACGAGGAGAGGGAAAGAAACUGGAAGGAGAGAAUUUUUGGGUACGGAUGAUGAGUAUGUGGGGGACAAGGAUGAGGGGAAAGAUAAGGGGUAUAUGAGUUUCAAGAAGCUGAUUGAUAGCGGGGAAGAUGAUGAUGAUGAUGAUGAUGAUGAUGAGCAAGAAGUGGAAGCUGAAGAGGAAGAUGUGAUUGGUGAUGGAGUAGUUGAGAAAGGAAAGUCUUUUUCCCAGUUGGCUCAAAGCUCGAUUCCAGUGUCGAGUGAUUCUCACCUUAGUGAGAGCAGGUUUGAUCAGUGUCCUAUCUCACCUUUGUCUUUUAAAGCAAUCAAAGAUGCCGGAUAUGAAAGGAUGACAUUGGUGCAGGAGGCAACACUUCCAGUGAUUCUUAAAGGUAAGGAUGUACUGGCUAAGGCAAAAACUGGCACAGGGAAAACUGUAGCAUUUUUGCUCCCGGCGAUUGAGCUUGUGGUAAAAUCAUCCCCGGUUGGUCUUGACCAAAAGCGACCUCCGAUACUUGUGCUUGUUAUCUGCCCGACUCGUGAGCUUGCUAGUCAGGCGGCUACAGAGGCCAACACUUUGUUGAAGUAUCAUCCUUCUAUUGGCGUUCAAGUUGUCAUAGGAGGUACACGCCUAGCUCUUGAACAAAAACGAAUGCAAGCCAAUCCAUGCCAGAUACUUGUAGCUACACCUGGAAGACUUAGGGAUCACAUAGAGAAUACAUCUGGAUUUGCUACCCGACUGAUGGGAGUUAAAGUCUUGGUCCUUGACGAAGCCGAUCACUUGUUAGACAUGGGAUUUCGCAAAGAAAUAGAGAGGAUAAUAGCUGCUGUUCCAAAACAGAGGCAGACACUUCUAUUUUCUGCAACAGUCCCGCAAGAGGUUCGUCAAAUCUGCCAUAUUGCUUUAAAAAGAGACCAUGAAUUCAUAAACACGGUACAGGAAGGAAGUGAAGAUACACACGCACAGGUCAGGCAGACUCAUCUUGUUGCUCCUCUGGAUAAACACUUUCCGCUUCUUUACACUCUUCUUAAAGAGCAUAUCGCAGAUGAUGUUAAUUAUAAGAUUCUCGUAUUUUGCACAACUGCAAUGGUAACAAGGCUUGUGGCUGAUCUUCUGGGUGAGCUCAACUUGAAUGUCCGUGAGAUUCAUUCCCGAAAGCCCCAAAGUUACAGAACAAGAAUUUCAGAUGAAUUUCGCAAGUCCAAGGGUCUUAUUCUCGUGACAUCUGAUGUUUCUGCACGUGGUGUAGAUUAUCCAGAUGUUACUCUAGUGGUUCAGAUUGGUGUUCCAGCUGAUAGACAACAGUAUAUACAUCGACUAGGGCGGACUGGGCGAAAAGGAAAAGAAGGACAAGGCAUAUUAAUGUUGGCACCUUGGGAAGAGUUCUUUUUGUCAAGCAUUAAGGACUUGCCUCUAUCAAAGGCACCUGAACCGUUGGUUGAUCCAGACACGAGAAAGAAGGUUGAGCGUGCAUUAUCCCAUGUGGAGAUGAAGAACAAGGAAGCAGCAUACCAAGCAUGGCUCGGUUAUUACAAUUCGAAUAGAAAUAUUGGGCGGGACAAAUAUAGACUUGUGGAGCUUGCUAAUGAGUUUAGUCGAUGCAUGGGGCUUGACAACCCCCCAGCCAUCCCGAAGCUGGUCCUAGGCAAAAUGGGGCUGAAGAAUAUACCUGGGUUGAGGUCUAAGUAG